UUCGAUGAAAGUGGCUGGAUGUGGCUGGAGAAGUCCUCGCAAACUGUGGCGGAAAGGUCCGUGUGUUCUGUCUGUCAGAUUCUUGGUCAGCAGCCACAACCCAGCCCAACCAACUCAAAGGCACCCUUCGAUCGGCCACUACGACACCACCUUUCCGGUAGUUGUAUCUGGGAUGUCAUAUUCGGCGGCAGUACGGAAGGAAAUCUACCUUUCCUGGAAACCAGUAUUUUCGAAUCCACGCUAUAGCCAGCUACGAAAACUGGGCAAAAUCAAAGCAGUUAUCAACCUGUAUGCCCCGGCGUCACACAAGUUCUGGCAUCCAAACCUCGCCGAAAUUUUGAAGGAACUGCUAGAGGAGCAGGUAUUUUAUCUCGAUAUCUACGCGUCGAUAUCUACGCGAAGAAACAUUUCCCCGAGCUUUUCAGUUCCGCGCAGACGAAGAAGAGUCCAGAGAUGCCCUCCAGCUCAGAUGGCAACACGUAUAACGAGGCUCAUCAGGAGUUAGCGGAGUCCCUAAAGAGACUGUACGCCAGGGGUUCCUACUCUGACCUUGAGAUAACCUGUCAAGGGAAGAGCUAUCCAGUGCAUAAAGCUAUUGUAUGUCCGAGAUCUGCCUUCCUCGCAGCAGCUUGCAGUGGACAGUUCAAGGAGGCAUCGGAUGGAAGGAUUGACCUCUCGGCUAACGACCCUAAGGCCGUUGGUGCGAUGAUCAGUUACCUUUACUGCCUUGACCACCUAAACAGCGUUGAGGAUCCCGCAAACUCGAUUCAAGCGCCAGAGACCUGCCCUGAGCUUGUAGCUCACACCAGGGUCUACAUACUUGCAGAGAAAUAUCUCAUUGGCGGCCUCAAGACCCUUGCGCUCCGGAAAUUCACGACUUCAGUUCACGACCACUUCAACGUUAAUAGCUUUCUUUAGGCGAUGGAGGAGGCAUACAAUAAUACUUUAGAAAGUGAUAAGGGGCUCAGGAACGUCAUCAUAAGCACCUUAUACCAGCAACGCCAUUUGCUGGAUCGAGAGGAGGUACAACUCAUCUUGAAGGAUCUUGGAGAAGUUACUUUUGAUCUUGUUAUGUACAUGAAAGGGAUGAUGUAGAGACUCUCGG